AUGACUUUUGAUCCACAUCAAGAAACGCUCAGCCGAGGUGAAACAACAGAGUUGAUUCGUCAGAAAGCUAUGCCUCCAUGGCACAAGGACUUUGUUGAAGAUAGAUCAUUCGAUCCGACCUAUCGGCCUUCCAUAACGACGUUCGACUAUCACAGCUCAGAGAGGAAAUCAGUAGACCAGAGAGCAGCCGCGGGAUUCCAGAGGGAGAAUGAAGCACUCCGUUCAGCAGCUCGAACGGUGGAUUCACCGUUCACCGAUGAGAUUCUGAAUGCCCCGAGUCCUAGGAAAUUUUCCAUGCCUGUUUUCAUUCUAUUCGACGGAACGACUGAUCCGAUCGAUCAUGUGUAUCACAUCCAGCUGAAAAUGGCUAUAAACACUAAGAAUGAUUCUUUGAUGUGCAAGUGCUUUCCUACGAGUCUAGUCGGACCAGCUCUGAAUUGGUUCAAGAACCUGCCGAGUGGUUCGGUGGAUAGUUUCCGAAGUCUGUGCGAUCGGUUCAUAAGCCAAUACUAUGGAAACAAGCAUCCAGUGAAAGAUAUUUCGAGCUUAUUCACAAUGAAGCAACACGCUGAAGAGCGUUUCCAGGCUUUCCUAACCAGCUUUAACCUUACCAAGAGCAUGGUUAUUGAAUGCCACCCUUCAAUGGCAGUUCAAGCAUUCAUUCUGGCUAUGAAUCGUGGCACCCCGUUCCACACAAGUUUGGUGGUCAACACACCGAGGACUAUGGAUGAACUCAACGAAAGAGCUGAUGGAUUUGUACGCUUGGAAGAAGAAGAGGCGGCAAAAGCUCGGAAGACGUUCGUUAUAUCCACGGAAGAAAAGACCAAAGCAAAGAUCAAGCAAAAACAGGUCCAACCGCAACGCUCCUCGUGGAAAUCUGAGAAAAGGCCCAGAGAGGAAGAACUGAUUACUCCACUGACAGUUACCCUAGCAAGACUGUAUCAAGAAAAUAAAGAUAAGUUCCGACCUCCUUUACCAAUCAGGCAACCUUUCGAAUAG